AUGGAGAGAGUCUGCACUUUAGUGGUGUUGGUUAUUCUUAUCCCGUGUUUUACGAUACAAGGGCAGGAGCAGCAGGGUAAGCACCUCCCAUAAAACUCACCAAAGUUGUAAAUAAUAUUUAACUACAAGUAGUAAGUAAUCGUAGAUCAUAGAGUGCGUUGUUCGAAUUGAUACAAUGUAUAUCAUGAUACAUGAUGUAUAUCAUGAUACCGAUGAUACAGAAGACACCGAUGUUCAGGAUGAUGUCACGGGGUACAUUCAAACUUCAGGUUAACCGAAAAGUCCCCACUAAGCAAAGGAGAUACCGUUAUUAGAUAUUUAGGGGAGAUGUUGAGAAUUAAAUGCAAAUCUGUAUGAAUAUUUGCACACUAAACACGAAGCGUGUCACGCAAACACCAGGAAACAGUAAAAUUCACUAUUCUUGCAUGAAAUUUACAAAGCAGCCGGGGCGAGUUGUUAAACGUUAAGAAUAAGUCCACAAGUCUUUUUUGUUCUUGUUGCUCACUCUAGUUCAAAUAUUCAUUAACUUUCAUGAAUUCCUUGAUGUGUGUCGAGAUUAAGUUGUUGCCAGUUUGGCAAGGAAAAAACGAUUAAAAUGUUGCACGUGAGCUUUACUUUGCACUUUUUUUUUCUUUGGCUACCCCAUGACGUAGUUACGAAAAUGAAAAGGCAGAGAAACAACGAAAAAUUUAUUUCUACCAGAAUACAUUAUUACCAAAAAGUCAGUAGACUAAUUAUUUGACUUUUUAACUGAAGUUCUUCAUUUAAAAGAACAAAACGAAUUUGAAUUUACAGCCUUUUGUACUUAGCUCAAAGGCCAUCCCAAAAUGUUUCGUUUACCAUCGCCCGUCCCUUGUGGUGGUGGGUCGGUCAGUCGGAAAAACAAAAACAAAAACAAAAACAAAAAAAAGAAAGAAAGAAUGAACACUUAAAGGGGUCUGGGUUCCAGAGAAGACCGGGGCCCAGUUGCUCGAAGCAUGGUUAGCGUUAACCAACGUUAUACCUUGACAAUGUAUUGGUUUCGAUACUGCUUAACCAAUGGUUAAAGCUAACCAUCCUUUGAGCAACUCAGCCCGGGCUGCUAAGUAAGAAAGCCUGGUUACAAAGUCAACUCGAAAACGUGGUCUUUUCGACUUUCUACUCUCUUGGCUCCCGUCAGGUGCAAAUGUUGGAUAGCGCUAUCCACUGGACAAAUCACUAUCCAGCGGAUAAGUAUCAGGAAAACAAAGUGCGCCAGUCCACUCAGAUAUAGAUUCAUCCAGUGUAGAUGUGUGAUCUGUCUUAUCCAUAUGCCACCUCUUGAUAUACUGGGACAAGGGAGUGCAUGGACUGGCAAUUAAUUCAGUAAAAUAUAGAUGAAUUUAUAAAUCGAUUUUUUUUUUCUUUCUAUGGAAAAAUGUUAUUAAUUAAUUUGCCAGCGAUAUGAAAAGGUUUUAGGAAAUGAAUAAUCGGUAGAACUGAUGCAAAAGCUUUUCAAAAGGCAGUCACCCGCAAUUCUCAAAGGGUUACCCGAACUCUGCGAUCUAAUUUACUUUCAGGAGUCAGUAUUAAAGGCAUCAAGUGUACAUGACUCUAUAGAAAAUUUUUCCUCAAUGCAUGACAGGGAUUUUGAACAUAUCCCGGUGGCAUAUGAAGUGGCCUUCACUGGUCGAAAAAAUGGAUCUGCACAAAUUUUAUUCUCGGCGGAUAUUUCACAAAAUUGUGACAAAGCUGAGGAGUAAAUGUGAGGCAAAUGCCAAAUUUGUUUCCUUAUUUACAACCCAAUGUUUUGGUAUGUAAAUAUGGAAUUUACCCUCUUUGCCCCACAUUUACUCCUCAGUUUCGAUUUUUUAUUUAUCUAUUUAUUUUUUUUUUUCAGGCGACAUAUUCAGUGCAAGGAGAAAAUUUGUACAACAAGCUGGGCUGGGCUAGAGCCACACCCACAUUGGUCUCCCUGAGAGGUUUAAUUCUAAUUUUUGCGACGAGCAUCCCCGUCACUUUUAUAUGGGAGUCCCCACCCCCCAGGAAAAUCAGUCCGUUAGAAAAUUUCGUUCACGCACACAACCGCUAACUACACCGUUCUCAAAGAUUCUGUCAAAAUAUGAGGGGAUACUUUUUGCUGAAAAUGUCACUCUUCAAAUACGAUAUCAUAAUGCUUUGUUCGUUGCUUUGUUAGAAGCAUUAUGUCCAAGUGGUUGGUUUAAAGAACGAAGUUCCUGCUACAAGCUUUCCAAGAGCGCCCUGAAUUGGCAAGCAGCAAAGAAGGCCUGUGAACACCUGAACUCUACACUCGCUAUAAUCAGCUCACUAGCCGAACAUCAAGCUCUGAAACGUCACAUAUAUAGGAUAAGAAAAAAUACCUGGAUAGGCUUGCACAGGGACCAAAACGGCUGGCUGUGGGUGGACGGAUCACGACUUAACGAUUCUCACUGGGGUAAAGGUGAACCCAACAAUAUCGAUGAGGAGUGUGUAGAAAUGCGGCUUUUUAAGCCUCACAACGGUGGAUGGAAUGACCAGGAAUGUUCUGAUACAAUAAAUUACAUUUGUGAAAAAGGUAAGGAAGACAGAGCCUGACAUAUACACUGCACUAUGAAUUGUGCCGACUUUGCUCUCUAACUCAUCAAACCGCUGAUUAUAUCCGAUGUGUACGUUCGUUUUGUUGAACGUUAUGAAUACCUUCAGAAGGCGCGUAUUGAGAAACUCUGCCUCAUUUUUCUUUUUAGAUGUCAACGAGUGUGCUAGUAACCCGUGCAAAAAUGGAGCAACAUGUGCCAACACUAUCGAAGGAUUUAAUUGCACUUGUACAAAAGGAUUUCAAGGACAAAUCUGUAAUAAGGGUAGGAGUUAUAAUUUUGUCGCUGAUCUGUAAGCCGUAGAAACUGCGUACAACUGGUGAAAAUACAUUCUAUAGAACUUUUUGAGGAAUCUGUGGUUCACACUGAUGAAGAAAGGUACACUGGAGAUUACACCGCCCAUCCUUUCUUUCCCAGUUCUUGCGUAAUUUAAUACUCUCUGGCUCCUUUACCGCUCCUCAAAAGCAAAUACAUCCUUCAUGGUUUAGAAUUCACAAUGUCUUUGCUACCGCAUCAAUCUAUAAGCUAGAAAAAGAAAAUCUAAUUGAAACUUCGACGCGAAGCUUUAAAUUGUGUGACUGUCAAGUGGUACCAAGACAAAGAAAACAUUUUGUAAUAAUUAUAAGCGACGGGAAAAGACACCACAAAAUGCAUGAACUGAAAGGUUACAUAACUGAAAUUUGCCAACUGGGUGGAUGCUUAGACCUUAAAAUUAGUAAAACGUUGACCAAGCAUUUGUGUAUAAUGAUAAAUGCCAAGAAAGAUAAAACCGAGGGCCAACAAGGUGGAUGAUGUCAAAACUAAGGAUGAUGGAACAUCAUUGACGUUAAUCACAAAAUAUAAAUGCUUCAGUAAAGGACGAUUAAUAAGAGCUCUUGACAUAAUUUCCACUAUUUCAACUUUAUUGUUGUUGAUGAACAGCAAACUGUAGACAUGUUCAGAUGGAUUAAUAAGACUGUUUUUCAAUGUUGCAAACGAUGAUGAUGAUGAUGAUAUUUGUACAAAUGAUGAUGAUGAUUCGAACAAAAACAACAAAAAAUGGAGGUUUUUAUCCCAUUUUUUGUUUCUAGUUUAGUAAAGAAAUGCAAAGCCAGACGCAAAGUAAAAAUGUCCCGUGUGACCAAUUUUUAAUUUACGAUUUCGUUGACUGUUUUUCCCCCCUUUUCUAGUGGUAAUAACACCAAGACAAGUUUCAAAUAUUCAACCAUUUACCAGCCACUUCUUCACUAUUUCAUACUAAGGUUAUGGUCUCUUCUUCUGCUCAUCAGUCUUUCCUGUCAUCGUCUUCUGGCCAGAUUAAAGGUAAGGCGCAAAAAGUGUAUUUCGUUAAUGAUGCAAGCUUCUCCUCAGUAAAUGUAUAUUUUUUCUUUUAAUUCUUCUAUUCAGAGAUCCACGUUACUGUUCAAAUCCGGUAUUCUCGGGCAUCCCAAAAUCUGUGGUUCUCCAGAUUUCAUCCUGUCGACAGCUAAGCCUUAGUACUUUUACCAGUUUGACUUUCUCGAGAAAGACUCUGCAUGGAUGAUCGAGUAAAACCUUUGGUGAUCAAUUGCUGCUUGUUAAAUGUGAUAAUGUUUUGAACCCGGGCCUAAAGGCCGUUCGCGUGGUACAGCGGGUUCAAUUAUGAACAUCUAUUUAUCAAUAAUUGUUUGCUCGCACUCGAAAAACCAGUUUGACGAUAUGAAAAAGAAGAUCUUCCAGUACAGAAAUUUGGGCUUCCACGACUUCAAUAGAUUGAUGCGAUUCAAACAAAGCCUUCUUUUCUCCUUCUCACUCAAGAAAUCAAAGGCUCUAUUCGUAGAGUGCUUGGAUUUGGGUUCCCCGUGGUAGGAGAUAGACUGCUUACCUGUCAUAAAAAAUAUGUUUAAAAUUAUACGUACCUUCUUCCAUUUGUAGUGGCAAUCAAACCAAGCCAAGUUUCGCCAUGUUCAUCUAAGUCGUUGGCUACCCAGGACACACCAGUCCGUAUUUUAACGUCGUCAAAUGACAUCUAUUUUCCUGAUACUUCUUCACUAUUUCACGAGGGUACGGUUUCUUCUUCUGUUCAACCGUCAGCAUUCCCGUCGUCAUCUGUUCAGAUGGAAGGUAAGGAGAGAAAAUGUCUUUUUUCAAAGUUGCAAGCUUCUCUUCAGUCAAUAUUUCAGUGUAAUUUCUUCAAGUGCAGAUUUACCACGUUUCAGUUCAAAUUCGGUUUUGUGCGGUAGAUCGGUGGAACCUCGUUCCCCGGAUCCAAAAAGCCUCACUGCACUCACGGAAUACCCCAAAUCUUUCAUUGGUAUACCUGUAGUGCGGAAGGACAUUCGGUCGGUGUACCGUCACGUGAUUACCAUAUAAUCUUUCGCCCAAUUACCCUGGUCCCCUUGAUUUGAGCUGUCCCGGAGAAAACUUAGUACUUUAAAAAUAUGUAGAAAUAUAGCUUUAAAGUUGGCACUACCUGUACAAAUAAACAAACAAGCCAAAAAAAAAAACAACAACAACAAACAAACAAAACAAAACAAAAAAUGGAGGUUAGAAGAAAUAAAAAUGUUGUCUUAGUCUUUUGUCCGAUUGCACACGUUUUAAUAAUUGUGCACCAGACGCAAAGCAUAAAAAAUGUCUUACGACGUGUGACCAAUUUUUAAUUUAAGCACUGAUUUAAAUUUUUUUUUUUCGUUUUCUCCCUUUUCUAGUGGUAAUAACACCAAGACAAGUUUCACCAUAUUCAUUUACGCCGUUGACAGCUGCCCAGUCCCCACAAGUGCGUACGUUACUCCCGCCAGCACUUCCCAGUUAUGAGGUUACGGUCUCUUCUUCUGCUCAUCAGUCUACAUUUCCGUCGUCGUCUGUUCAGAUGAAAGGUCAGGCGCGAAAUAUAUAUCACGUUAAUGUUGCAAGAGUCUCCUCAGUCGAAUUAGUUUUGUAAAUUCUUCAAAUUCAGAGUAACUCCUUACUGUUAAAUCCGGUUUUCUUAAGCAGAUUUGGGUUUUGUAUUGUCACCUCUUGCUCAAAAUACGUGAUUCCCUGAAUUUCACCCUGCUAAGAGAGCUUAGUACUUUUACUAUUUUGGCCUUCUUGAGAAAGACUCUGCAUGGAUGAUCGAGUAAAACCUUUGGUGAUCUAUUGCUGCUUGUUAAAUAUGAUGAUGUUUUGAACCCGGGAUUAAGGCGGUGCGCGUGGUACAGCGGGCUCGAUUAUAACCAUCGGUUUGUCAAUAAACGGAUGGUAGCCCUCGUGAAACUAGCUAGUUUGACUGGUCCAGAAAUUUGGGCUUCGGCGACUUCAAAGGCUUGACGCGAUUCAAGCAGAGCCGCUUAUUUUCUCCGGAUCAUCAUGUCAAGAAAGCAAAACGAGACUGAGUCUCCCACUGUUCGCAGGGUGCCUGGAUUUCAGAUUCCCGCGAAGAAAAUAGACUGUCGUGUCAUAAAAUAUAGCUUUAAAAUUGUCAAAGGUGGCACUUUUUGGCAAGAAAAAAAGAAUACGCAAACAAACAAAGGAACAAAAAAGUUGUUACAAUUGUUGUCAGACCACACACGUUAAAGAAAGGAGGAUGCUAUACUCAAGGUAUAAAGUGCUUUUAAAGUUAUAAUUAUUCAGUUUACGACGUUUCCCGUUCCUGUUAUUUCAUUAUUAUUAUUAUUAUUAUUUAUUUCAAGUACUGCUUGUAAACAUCUGCAUUUUGUUUUUAUCGCAAAUUCCAUAGCCCCAUUGCCCCAAAUUGGAAUUUCGGCAUCACAUCACACCGUUACCAUAUGCUAUUUUCGCUAAAUAAAAAAAAUGAUAUUAACAUGAAUUCGUAUACAGUUUUAUGGAAAAUAAUAGUAAUAAUAAUAAUAAUAAUAAUAAUAAUUAGUUAAAUAAUCACAAUCAUAAUCAUAAUAAAUAAAAUGAUAAAAUAAGUGUAGAAUACAAAACUCAUCGUCGUAGACAAAUAUACUUUUUUAAUCAGUACAUUGUUUACUCCGGCAGUCCACAAGUGCUCACCACAACUGUCACACGGGGUCUCAUGGGAAACUACAGACAGAGGAAGCACCGAUAAAAAACCUUGUCCAAAUGGAGCUGAAGGUAAGUUGAUUAUUUCAUGUAAUAGGUCUAGACAGUGUCUAAUUUGGAAAUAAUUGGAUGAAAAUACAGCUACUUCAAAAAAGGGUAAUGGAGGUUGUACGACCGAAAGGAACUGUGGUUACGCUGUUUGAUAUGCAAAAUUUCAUAAGUUGCGUUCACCUUGUGUAAAAAUGAAUACACCAACUUUGAACGUAAUUGUCUGAGGGUUCUUGACUCCGAAGACAAAAGAAGCUUACGCUUUUUUCAAUUGAAAGACUUUCAUCGUUUCCUCGUAUGAACGGCCUAUUGUCUCCGACUUAACAACGCCAGUCACGAGAAAUUUAGAAAUAUAGCGCUGAGGGCUUUUCUUUUAGAGACGCUCAAGAAAAAGAAGCCUCUGCAACUGAAUGCUGAAGAACAUGGACAAACCAGAUAACCCCGCCUUCGAGGGUCUUCACUAAAUGGAACCGGGAUCGUUGACUAGCUUAGAUAGUUGAUUAUUUGCCAUCAAUAUUCAGUGGUAUUAUCUCCGUUCGACAAUUGCCAUUCGCCGUUCUCUCCGACAACCGUUUUUGAAAUAGGUGUAUUUCCUAAAGCAGCUUUAAGUAAUACAGUUCCUUGUACGGCCUUUUCGCCUUAGAGCUACACGGUCAUGCAUUUCAAACGUACCACACGGUAGAAAUGAUAAAAAGAAACCGGUAGCAAUAAAUUUCAACAAUAAAUUUCAUGCGAGAUGAAUUUUAGAUGACUUAACUGUAAACCUCACUAAUACAAACUCUACAAUUGCAGGCUAUGAGUAUUCAAAUUUAUUUUAAGGAUAUCAACCCCCCUCCCACCCCCCAAGUUUAUCUAAGGCCUGGAUCCGCCCCUGCAUUAUUUAUGAUAUCCGAGGCUGGUAGCGAAAGGAAAAAGAAACGAAACUUGAUUGAAAAGACCUUUACAUGUGUCUUGAUACUGCAGAGCGAAAUGACGCAAAUCCUAUACACCAUUUCAUUUCAACACGCGUGUUCUCACGCCUCAGUGUUGGUGUCAAGUGACGCCCUCGUACUAGAGAGCAAUCCUUGAAACUCUUGUCAACUUUCCUUCCUUAGGUAAAGCGAAGCGAAAAUGCUCUUACGAUGGAACAUGGGAAAAUGCCAACUUUUUAAAUUGUAGGUCUGCUGAAUAUAGUAAACUCAUUAGCAAGGUAUGUAAAUCAAGCCUAAUUUCAGAGUGCAUUUACAAUAUACUUUGCGUGAGAUAUUUGAAAAACGUCCGGCUCGGAGACAUUCGUGUUCUUUCCUUUUUUCUGUUUUUGUGAUCUGCACAAAAACAGUUGUUGAUGCUGAGUGGACAAUGUUUUCUUUUUUUGAAAUGUUAACUAUAAAAUAUGACAGGAUGGCGUUGGUAAACAUAGAAAAGCUUCAAACGCUUACAAUGCAACGUUGGCUUCAGUUAUUUGUUUGCAGAAGUUGUACUUCAACUUACUGGCCUGGUAUGCCGUUUCUUCGCUUAUCAUAUUGGCGAUCACAUCAAAUUCCUACCACUCGUGACUUAAAAAAGGUUCCGCUUUGCUUCUUAUUUUUGCACGUUCUCGACUUUGCGCUUACAAUUUCCUUCCGAAAAAGCUGAGUUCGACUUUUCUAUUGAAAACUUGCGUUACAUUACGUUAAAUGACAAUUACAUCUCAGUACAUUACACCAUAAAACUUACCGCGAAAGUAACUAGUACGCACACUCAGUUGUUAAAACUAGCAUGACGUUAUAUACAGUCGACUCUCUCUUGACGGACACCUCUAUAAGAAGGACACCUCUGUAAAACGGACACUUAGAGUUGGCCCCUGCGUUUCUUUACUCCCUUUAUUUGACUUUCCAUAAGACAGAUAUCUCUCUAAGACGGACACUUAGUGCCUGUCCCAAAGGUGUCCGUCUUAGAGAGAGUUGACUGUAAUUGUUGCCGUGAGCUAGAAAGAGAACUAAUAUUCAAAAGAACACUGAUUCCGUCUGAUCUAGUUUACACUCAUUACUAUGGAAAAGAGUAACCCACUUCUUAUAAAUUGUGUCCAUUUUGAUUGUUUUAAUACAUGCAAACUUUUCUGUUUCAUACGUACUAUUUUUUUUUUGUGCUUUUAGAUGAACGCUAUUGCCAGUGGAUCUUCAAACCUCACUGUCCCCCAAGUUCUAGCUCAACUGAAAAAUGCAACUAAACCGAUCAUAAAUUCCCCAGAAAGGCCAUCACAGAUUUACGGAGGGGAUUUAAUUGCAGCAGUGGAAAUCCUAGCUCAAAUAACAGAGUAUAGCAAACACCGCAACGUGAGUUCUAAGGAAGAUUUCCAGAAUAUUGCACACGUGGCCAGUAAUUUGUUGGAACCAGUAAAUAGCCGCACUUGGAUGGCCCUGGACAAGGUAAUUUGGCUGUUAUGAUUUAUCAGAGACACAUCAGUAAACUUUAAUCAAAACCGCUGUUGUCGGCGGACGCGAGGUCCAUCAGUAAUAACUAAGGGCAUUUAAAGGAAUACAUCCUGCUAGCUGGGGCCGUCCUAUAACUUGCUGGAUUUUGGCGUAGUCGAGAAAGUCUCUGCAUGAACUGAGUAAGAUGUUUGUUGAGCAUGCGCUGCUUGUUGCUGGGAUACGGUUUUGAAUCUAGGACUACACAGUAAUUGGCGAGGGAUUGGUACAGUGGGCUCUUUUAGAAGGAUCGAUUGAAUUAGAAACGGAUGCUCGCAGUCAGAAAAUCACUUUAACGACGUAGAAGAUCAAGAUUUACUCGUCUAGAAGUUCGGGUUUCGUGGACCUCAAAGACUUACCAAGAUUCAGAUUACUAAGAUUCAGGCAGAGCCUCCUUUUCUCCUUCUCACCCAAGAUGACAAAAGGAAUCCCUGCUUGCUUCAUGACUAAGGAGUACUACUGAGCUAAUAGUCAUACCCAGUGGUCAAACAUGCUAGUCUGCAAUUAACUUGAGAUCAAUUACCCCUACAAAGUACAAUGAUACAAGCUUUUUGUUCUGUUUGUUUGCUUUUUUCUUUUUUUGUAAACCCAGUGAAUCUCGUUGGCCCAAUCAAGAUUAAGCCAUUUUUUAGAGUUUCAGGAACAGUAAAAUGCUUUAAGACGGGCAUAUAACUUUAAAAUCCUUGUGUAGUGUUUAGUUAAAUCCAUGAUGGUGGCCAUAUUGAAUGACGUCAUAGGUAGCUAAGAGCACCUAAACAAUCAAAGUUGUCUUCGUACCUACCCCGAAGGAAAACAAAAUUAUAUCUACUCUAAUAUUUUGAGUGACCUGUACGUGAGAUCUCCGUUAAUGUUAGAACAAGAUUAAAGUCAGUAUUCUUCCAAAGUCUUAGUCUUUAUUUUUUUUGUUCUUCCAUUAGGCCCAUAAAAACAAGAGUCUAAUCCUACUCUCAACACUGGAUAGUUAUGGAAUGGAAGUCUCUCUCUCAUGUGAGAUGUCGGGAAAACCCAACUCCGUGGAAGCCAAAAACCUUCUGAUGAUGAUUGAAGAUCGGAAUUGUUCGGUUUCGGUAUGGAGAUCAAGAUUUUGUUCUGACAAAUUUUGUUCUGUUGAGGCAACCAACGAAAAGUCAGUUGAAUGUACCAAUCAGUGUUUUUAGCGUAGGGAAUUUGUAGAUAUUUUAAUAAAAAUAUAUAUAUAUAAAGAUGAGAACCAGAAUGGGAAUAAUAAUAAUGAUAUUAGGAGGCACCUUUGCCGAGUGGUCAGCGCUUUGGACUCGCAAUCCGGUGGUCUCGGGUUCGAGUCCCCCUCUGGCGACUUGCAGGAUUUCUUCUCGGUCGUCCCGAGUUUAAAACCUCGACCACUUUUACAAAUUAAAAGCCAACUGGUUGAAUCUGCUGCCAGUUGGGGUUUUUAAUACUGUUUUGUUGUAUUUGAAUUACUUGUUUCUAAAUAUUUGAGUGGAGUGCCUAUAAACUAGCUGGAUAAGCUAAAAUAAACGAGCUUUGUUUUUGAUAUUAAUGAUUUUACUCUUUUCAUGCAGAGAUCAAGAGCCAACGGCAGUUAUAUUUCAUACAGUAACACUACAAUCUAUUUACCUUCAACCGUAUUUUCAUCUCCAAACUCCCGGGCUGUAACUGUCAUAUAUCUUACGUUAAACGACAUUCUAGCACUCUCAAAGGAAAAUGCGGACGAGGAUGACAAGCGCAGUUUAGCCGAUACUACGAUAGUCUCUACAGUAGUUCGUCCCAAGCCUCCAGCUGUCUUACGUGACCCCGUCAAGAUUGUGCUAAAGAACCGAAAGGUACACGAAAUUAGAUUUUAUUUUUUCAUAAGUGGAAUAUGCCUAUAAUCGUUCACCUUUCUAUCUUUCAACUCGAACACAAAGGGGUUGUUGAUUGGUGUAACUAUUUUAAACAAAGACAGUGCACCUUUGGCCUUUCAUACCAGGGUUUUAGUGUGUUUAAUCAAAUGGUGACAGGUGAAAUUAGGGAGUAAUUUCAUUUGCGUUUUGUCCAAAUUUUAAUAAUUUUAUAAUUUGGGCAAAACGCAAGUGAAAACAUUACCUAAUUUCGCGAGUGAACCAUUUGAUUUAUUACUUAUUAAUAUCAUGGAUAACAACGCUCACAAUCGUAAGUUUUUAGCUAAUUUAUAAAAUUGGAUAUCGAUCGAGAACUCCACAGCGCUUUAAAAGUUUGGCUUAAGUUCAGAAUUUUCAGAAUUUUCGAAAAAAAAAAACCUAAUAGAAUUCUUCUUGAUGUACCCUUUCGUGUGUUUAUAUAGGUUUUUCUUAAAUGUCUUUUAAUGCCCAGAAAUCUUCAUUCACAAGAUUUUAAAACUUUGCCGCCUGCUAGCCGCCAUCUUUGCACUGACACGUAAUCGGAACGUUGCCAUGGCAACUUUGUAAUUUCACAUGUGAAAUUAUAUAAUUAUUAACCCUGAAUUUCGCCCCAAAAUUAAUGAGUAAUUUGUCACCCAUGAUAUUAUUAAAAUAAGUAACCAGCGUGGGGGGCAGGGAGAUUUGGAGAAUUCUGAGAAACAUGCUGGCGACGCCCGUGGAUAUUUAUACUGUUUGCGUAAAUUCUUUAAUUUAUUUUUUGUUAUUGUUGUUUCUAGUUGUUGUUGUAAGCUUUUAGCUAACAUUUUGUAAAAAGCCAUGGAAUUGAAAAGUCUGACAAAUUUUCUGCUUAUAUGUAAUCGCUGAAAGGUGAACACUACUUCACGAAAACGGUGCGUAUUUUGGCGGUCAGACGAACCAGCCAUCUGGGGAACAAGCGGCUGUACACUUGUGCCCAGUGAAUCGAAUGCGUCCUUCACAACAUGUGAAUGCAAUCAUCUUACAAUCUUUGCGGCCCUUGUGGAUCCAUACGGAAGACCGGUAAGUUAGUAGCAAAAGAAGGAUAUAUAUUCUAAUCAAGAUAUUUAAGGAUUAGACCAUAUUCGAGAACUUGAUAAAUGAAUUUGGUGUUUUUAAGCUGACCCGACAAUGAAUGGUGCAAUGACAUCAUAUGACUUCAUGAUUCCAAAUGGCAUCCAUUUUGAAGUCACCAUAUAGACCUCCUUCAUAAUGGCGGAUCAUUGCUGCGGAGCGACCGAAGGGAGCGAGCAGCAACAUAAUCAGGAUUUAAAGGAAAUAUAUAAAGGGGCGACGAAUUCUCGAAUUCAUCACUUUUUACCACAAUGCAUUGCAUUUAACCACACUUUUUACCACAAUGCAUUGCGCCACGAACAACUCAAAUAAAAACACGGGGAAGUAGUGCAUCGUUCGCUGCUCAGUUCUACAGCACGGUUAGAGGUCUUACCAAAUUUUAAGACACGCAGGAGUCUUUCAGAUGAGUACGAUGGUUAACUUGCGGAGUGGAUUUCGAUUCAAGAGCAUUUGACUCGUCCAGGUGUUAAACCUGACGAGAAGAUGAGCAUUUGCUCUUCGACUCCGCAACACGGGGGAUAUACAAAAUCCAGCUUGCUAGAAGGUGAUGGGAAAGUGAGAAAAUGUCAUAUAAUGCUAUUCUUAAGAAACUGUAUGAGCCGAAAAUGGAUGUGAUUUUGACCAUUCGCUUCAAAAUAACAGCGGAAAUCGAGAUAACAAAACAUAUGUUUUGUGUCCUACUUUGCAGACCAGGACGUGUAUCGGCGUUUUGAAAAGCAUAAUUAUGUUCUUUCAUUCAUUCAUUGUCAUGGAAUAUGCGUUUACAUUGUUUUUUCACUGUUAAUAGCUCGGUUAACGCGGCUGGCGAUCAUCUUGCCGGCGGAAGUUUCAUAGAAAAGGAAUAGAAUGAAACACUUUUCCCAGUAAUUACGUAAUCAGCCUCUGUGGUGUAGUGGUUAGGUGUAGUCGCGUCGAGUCGAAGGUGCUGGGUUCGAGUCCUCCCGAAUUAUUUAUUCCUACUUUCUUUUUUUUUUCCUUUUUUUGUGUUGUUGUUUUCUAUAAAUAUAUAGCUAAAUAACUGUUACUUAAUAAAGUGCAACAAACAGCAAGAAACGUAUUGUGUUUCCAGAGAAAAUAUCGUGCACUGUAUAUUAAAUAUCUGGAUAAUCAAUGUCAAUUUCUAUUAUUUCCUACAAUUUACUGUGGGAAAACCAGAGUUGAUAACCACUUGAUCAUUUUCUAAACAACGUUCCCACGAGUUCUUUCUAUAGACUGAUAGUUAUUAUUCUAGUAAUUUCCAACAUGUAAAUAGGACAUUCAAUGUCAUUUUUGAUUCCUUUAAGUCUCACUGCCUAACUAAUUCCAGUAUCAACAGAAUGUGCCACAGCAUUACUAUCUUUUAGAUACCCUAGUUAAUAAGUAUAUUCUUUUUUGAGUAUGACGAGUAAGCCUUUUUGACCUCAUCAGCAUUAGAAUUAGCAAAACACAAAAGCCGGAAUUGUCACUUACUUUUUUAACGUAUAAAAGAAAAAUUAAAUGGGCUGCUAAUAUGAAAGAGGUCUAUUAGAUAUAUCCUGGGUUGUCAAGAAGCGUCACUUGCCAUAAUUAAAUACUGUCAAUCCUUUAUGUGCGACUAUUUCUCAUUAGCAAGUAUUAGCGACCACUCAUCCUAAGUGACCACCCUAAUUCAGUUUAAGCAUUAUAAUUGCAACGUCUCCUAAGCAUUAUCUCAGUUUUUCUGUGCGAGCGCCUCUUUUAAUAAAACGCCGUUAAAAAUUCAACUUGAAUAUACUUAACUGAACUCGCCAAGUCUUCAUUUUAUGAUAAGGUAAUAUUCAACAACGCAAUCUGAAAGAUUAUUCUAUGGGGCGUUUCUAAAACUUUGUAAAAACACAUUCUGGACAUAUUCGGGUCUGCCUUCAAAUUUCGCUAUUGCAUUGUGUCCUGCAGUUUUUUUACUGAGAUCUAUGAGUACAAAAGGACCUGGGCGAAGCAAUAAUUAAAAGUAGCAAAUAGGUUCUCCAUACCACAGAAACUGAGAUACGCUUCGGCCAAUAAAACCUAUUAUUAGUUGGGAGGAGUAAAUUUCCUGCCAUUUUGAUGCAAAACGAAACUGCAAAUUACACAUUCAAGUACAGCAUAAACAGGGCUAUCAUAAGGCAUACGCCAUUUUGCUACUAAAAGAAAUUUUUCAAAAAGGACACCCUAAGCAGUAACAGUUUGUAUGGGGGAUUUAGUCACUCUCUUACCCGGCCUUUUAUUCUCUUUUGGCUAAAAUCUUUCUAAGAACGGUAUAGCAGCAAAAUCUAUCCAUCUUCUCUUUUCCUGGAAAUUCAAUGUAGUAUUUGGCUUGUAAAAAAGUGCCUUCAGUAACAUAGAUGCAGCUAACAACCAGAUUUUUUACAUGUCACAGGAAAAAGGAAGUCACAAGGAAGCCCUGGAAAUCAUUUCCAUUGUUGGUUGUUCCAUUUCUUUGGUAGCUGUAAUUCUUACCAUCAUUUUGUUGAGCUGCUUUUCCCGACCUCUUGAGGCAGGAGUUAAAGUGCUCAUUAACUUGUGUGCUGCAAUUGCAAUCACCUGCGUGCUGGUAAUAUUUGAAGGAUUGGCAAGAAGGAAGGUGGGCGGCGCAUUUAAAUCGUUUAAGAAAUAAGGUGGUUCGUAGUUAAUAACGUGCCAAAUAAUAGGUUUAGGCGGAAUAUGUUAGUAGGCAUUGUACACUGUAGUUUCAUUUAAGUUAGACAAUUCAGCAGUUAAAUUUCGGAAAAAAACAAACAAACAAACAAAACAAAACACAAAGGAUUGUAAGUAUCUGUGUAAUUAUAUUCAUCUAAUCCUAUUGGCGUUAUUUUACUCUACUUGAAUAGCUACAAACUAACGCCAUAAUAAAUCAGUAUACAAGAACACGAAAAAGUUCAAUUUUGUUCUUCCCAGCCAAAGUUUCUAUCCUUUAUUGUUUAUUAAUCGUCUUUAGAUUGAAGGGUAAGUGAUUGGAUUGAUUCUCCAGGGAAGGUGAAGAUUGCUAUAAUGAUUUUUUGUUUUAUGACUCCUAGGCUGUUUGUCCUGUAGUGGCCGGGUUAUUGCAUUACUUCGCACUGGCUUUAUUUUCGUGGAUGCUUUGUGAGGGUAUAUUACAUUACCUUAAGGUCGUUAAACCGCUGAAGUAUGGCUUUGCCGUUGACGACUACGUGAAGUACUUUUACAUGUGUGGAUGGGGUGAGUUUCUAAAAGCUGUUUAAUCUACGUCCCUGCAAGAACAACACAAAGUGUCAUAUUUUGUGUUUCUCAUUCAAUGUCCUUAAUAACCUAAUGUUUUCAUUAUAAAUUUUAAUUGAUCAUGAAAGAAUGCAUUAAGAAAACAACUUCGUAACCCUCGGACGUACACGCUAAGUCAUACCCCCACCGUGGUACAAUGGUGGUGGUGGCGGCGGGGGCGGUGGGGGCGGGGUUUGAUGGAACCUCCCCCCUUGGGUUUUUGAUAUGUUGCAGUAUUUCGAACGAUUUUGCUGCUAGAGGUCUGUGACGUCAUCAAACAUGGUUACCAUCUUGGAUUUUUUUCAAUUCUAAGAAAUCAGGUAAAAACAGGGAGAAUUAAUAUUUUUUGCGCUUAACAUGUAGAAUAACACAAAAAUAGUUACGUUGCAUCAUUUUAUCCACAACCUUUACUUUUAUUCCUGAAAGAGGUUAAAAAACAUGCACUUUCACUCAAAAAUGGUUUGACCACCUCCUACUUAUGACGUCAUAUCGCGUAACCAUAGUUGCCAACCAUCACUAAACUUUUUUUUAAAAUGCGAGCGGGGGAUAAUCGAACAGCUACAGAACACAUCACGUGUUUAUGUUUUAUCGUCUAGGGAAAAUUCAGAAAAACCUUUGGGGUGUACGUCUAAGCGUUUUGAACAAAAUGCAAUUUUUUUUAGAUUAUUUUGACAGGCUAGUUAAAAAAAUAAUUGUAAGGUACGAGGCACUCAACUUAAACCAGACUUUUAACUUCACACCAACCUUUGCAGUUAGCUAUCAGGACUACUCCCUAGGAGAUCCAACCUCACCUCGUGACUUUGUUAGCCGUGUUUGUCUUGGGAUGGAACUUGUAGAAGUGAUUGUAAAAGAGGGUCCAGGAAAUACUGAUGUAGAUAAAUAUAAUUAUCCAAGAGAUCGGAGGGAUUAAAGAAGCAAGCAAGAAGCAACGUGUGAUCUCUUCGGUGACCAUACAUGACCACCAUUCUGGGUGAGGAGAAAUAAUCCCUCUUAUAAUUUUGCUUCAGGCUUCCCAGCCAUCAUAGUUUCCAUUUCCUUGGCUGUCACUCAAGCAAAAGGUUACGGCAGCAAGGCAACAUGCUGGCUUGAUGUUAAGAGUGGAUUGAUUUGGACGUUCAUUGGGCCGACUUUAGUCGUUAUUUUGGUUAGUAUAAAAGAUAUUGUCUAUGGCGUACUACAAUAACAAUGUUAUUAAUCACUAAUCAAGUGACUUUAUACUAGUAAUUAAUGAUUCAGAAUUUUAUACAUUGUUGCAUUUCCAAAUGUACCACCUAUAUUAUGCUUUAAUUAAAUACAUAAAGAUGGUUAAAGAGACCAAACUAAUCAAACUGCUUUCUGUUUUGUUUGACAGAUAAAUUGUGUAGUUUUAUACCUGGUUAUGCGUAAGAUAAUGAAACCGGUGAAGGGAAAAGUAGAGGAGAAAACGCAGAUCACAAAAUUAAAGGCUGGAGUAAGAGUCUCCAUGGCCAUUCUUCCUUUGGUCGGAAUUACCUGGGUGUUUGGAAUUCUUAGCUUUAGUUCUUAUACCAUCGCGUUCAAGUACAUAUUCGCCAUCUUCAAUUCUCUUCAGGGGCUGAUGAUCUUUAUUUUUCAUUGUGCCCUCAGCGGCAAGGUAGGUACUAAUCUUUGAGUGCCGUGUUAUUAUGAUUUAUAAUAUACACGAAAAUAUUACUCAAUUCUGAUUGGCCGAGAAAGGAGUGCAGUUCUUCUGUAACACUAGUAAAAAACUUGUAAUACGAGUGCAAAUUGCAAAUAUGGUUUCUGAUUGGCUGAAAACACAAAAGAAACCACCAAGAACCAAUCAGAUUAGAACUGUUUUCACGACAAACAAGCUACUUAUAACAGACUACGCUAAAGUAAAAAAAAUAAAGAACAACGGUUGCAACAACACGCAAACCAGCUAUUUUCAGCAAUUUCAAUGAACAAGGAUACAAGUUUUCCAUGAUAUACAACAGGGAUUUCAAGUCACGUACGUUAAUGUUUGUUGGAGGAGAAAGGUGUCCGGUUGCUCUCUUUGAGUCUUUUGUGGAGCGAAGACCUCUAUUAAAACAUCCAUGCGAUGGUCUGUUUUUUUCUACCUCAGUAGCAAACGAAACCAAAAAUUUAACAUCUGGUCCGAACUAAACCAAAGGGCGAAAAUACCAUAAGUAACGUAAUGAAAGUAUCCGUAGCUGGUACUAGCUUAAAGAAAGUGAGAAAAAAGUUUACGAAUCAUCGUGCAAGAAAAACAACGGUCAGAAAGCUGAAAAAGCAAAGAUUGUAAGUUUAGAACAUAUCGCCAAUGUCAGAGGCCACAGAGGUGUAAAUUUCCUUAACGACCACGAUGAAGCCGACGAAGAAGAGCUACGGUGACUCUUGCAGUGGGCUAAGUGAGAUAAUGAAGACCCCAGCACUGAGAAAAGGCAAAUAUUAUAUUUGACUAUUGGCAGUUUCCGACAUCACAACUAUUGUGGCUCCAUUCACCCAUCGAUAGCAGCGUCGGAAGAAAACAAAUUGCCUCCUUCAUUUUCGGGUUAUAAAUCUCAAAAAUUUAUCCAUGAAUCUAGCUAUGAUGGGGUCUCAGGAACAGACAAUGAUGAACAGUCGUCAAAAAAACCUUAGCAAGUGUCUUCCAUCUUUGGCUGCUCGAAGCGUUCCCUCAAUUUCAGAACUUGUAAACGCUUCUUGUAAACGCCGAGCUCUCAUAAUGGAGGAUGAACUGAAAAACACCUACUUUUGCUGAUCUGAUUGUAAACCGAGAUAUCUUUAACAGGCUGGUGACCAUAUAAAAUCAAUCCUUGCGUUGGUCUUGAAAAAGUUUCAAUUUGACAAAGGUAGCAGUCUGUUUCGGCCAAUCAGUUGAAUGAACUAAAAACGCGCGUGCUGUCAAAAUUUGUUGCUGUAGUUAUGUUUUUCGUGUAUAUUAUUAUCACGAUUUUUCUCUUGCAAUUUGAAAUAAAUAAGCACUUGUAAAUUUUUCAUAGACCACAAAGUGCUGCUUGUUGGUCUUUGAAAAAUUUACUCGUGCUUAUUUAUUCCAAAUUGCACUCGAAAUCAUGUGAUUACCUAUACAUAGAGCUCAAAGGACGUGUUACACUAAGCUGAUGGACUUGAAAGUUGUCUUCUGCUUUUAGAGUCAAUAUCUUACGUAACAAGGGUUGUAAAACAUCACGUCACCGCCUGUGAGCUCUCUGUGAAAGGCCUAGGCCAAACGUCGAACGUUUUCAUUUGACGAUCCAAACUUAGUGAGUUAAUCCUAUUCAGACCAGGAAGGCUUUUGGAGCCCCCCUCGAGAAAAAGUUGAAUAACUUCAAAACCGUUCAAGCUAUGAAUUAUCUGGGAAUAUAUUGAGGUCAUCAUGACCCCCUGGUGACGUAUACGUCAAAACAUUGACGAUACCAAAUAGCAACCAAGUUUUGAUAGCCAUGUUUUUCAAAAUUUGCAUUUUUUUUUUCUUGAAAAUAGAUUUAAUUCUAUUUUGACCAAUGGAAUUAUUAAACUUAAAUUCACCUAAUUUUAUCAAAUUUAUUGUCACUGUUGAUGAAAUCCAGUCUUUCUAGUUACUGGUAUGAGAAAAAAAAGAAAAAAAAAAAAACACGAGUUAAUAUGAUCAUAUGGCAGAUGCUGAGUUUAAUUCUUAAUUUUCGAUCCAAAUUAGAGUUUGAUUCGUUUCAUGAAAAGUAUAUUGCUAUCGAGCAAGUUUUUUUUUUGCAUUCCAAUACAAUGUAGCUAAUUGUUUCAUCACUUUCUCCGCACAUUCUACACAUUGCAGACAAAUUUGUUAUUGUUAUCGUUAUUGUUUUUUUUCUUUUUUUUCAGAUAAAACAAGCUAUCAGAAAAAGGAUGAUGUAUCGGUUCAAGCGAGGCAAAUUAAAUCACAGCUUGAAAGUAAAAGAGAAAGGUGGAAAUCUUUUGACCAACUGUACGUCUGUAUAAAAUCUUGCUUCAAUCAUUUAAGGGUUAUUAUAGGCAGAAUUGUUUUAUUACUAAUUUUAAUUAUUUUUUUAUUAUUAUUUUAACUAUUAAAAGACUUAUACCGUGUUUCACGGGGAGGGGCGGUGGGGCGGUGGCGGGGACGGUGGCGGGGGCGGGGACGGGGGGGUUUAGAAGAGCCCGUUCCUCGGGUUUUGGCUAUGCCAUGGCGUUGAAAUUGGCCGUACUAACUGGUAAGGAGUCUACAAUCUAGGAAAGCCAUGGUAUUUUACUCUGCUUGCAGACCUUCUGCGUCUCUUACAUCCUUUUAUGAAACGCAAAACGCUAAAACGUCGCUUAUCUACGCGAAGACAAAGAAGUCUGCACGCAGGCCUAAAAAAGGGGAAUUUAGAUGAACGCAGAUCGAUCUAACGCAGAUCUACAAGUUAUUUUGAUAUGAUAAUAAAACAUUUUUUUUCUUUACCAACCCAUCGUAUAUGAAGACUACCCGCAGCCCCUCAAAAACAUCAUUGUUUCCAGACUGGCGUCCUCAUGAAGAAGUGAAAUGAAGUAAACAAGCGCCCAGUCCUUGGCGAUUUCUAUCCCUGGGCGAGUGACUAUUAUCGAGAAAAUCAGUUCUCCGCUAUGAUGGCAGACAUAAAACGGAAGCCUCACCAAACAAACAACUUAAUUAAAAAUAGGUGACUCAAGUGGAAACUCAAGUGUCUGACUAUCUAUGGGACUUUCAGAGUUUUCUAAUAUUUGUCGUUUGAUCUGCUUCAAACGUAUUUUUUACUGUUUUAUUUUUUAUACAUCAAUAAUUGUUUUCGAUUUUUUUUAAUUGUAACCCAUAUUUCUUUCAUUGCAGUUACAAGAAAACGAUCAAAAUGUAAUGAACAUGAAUGUGAAGUGCUACCUAUCAGAAGAGACAACGUUGAGUUAAAUACUUUAAAAGAUCGAGAAGACGAAUCGCUCAAAACCGAAGAUGAAUCCCUAAGAAGAAGUUUGUUAUCAAACUCAAAUGAAUAGAUUGUUCUUUGAGCCUCUCCGUUAUGCGAUAGAAUUACGUAUGAAAAUAUUUUGCAGUUCUGUGCGAUUUUGUGGCAGAAAGUUUGGUAACGCAUACUGUAGUCAAAAAUAGGUUAUUAAGUUAACAUUUUGCCGCAUUUGUGCAUUUUUUUGCAAUAUUAUUGCUGUUGUUUUGACCUAGGCAGUUUCAUGGCUGUUAAACUAGAUAGCAGAUAACAGGAGUAAUCAGCAGCUGUUCCAAUUAAACAAUCAAGCAUAAAAAAUGUUAACUUAAGCUACGCAAUGGACGAAAAAAAAAACUAAAUAAAUAAACGGCGUG